AUGGUCGCCCUCCCCAAUGACUGGCCCAUCACCGGUGUCGGCCUCCUCGCCCUCACCUUCCUGAACGUCUUCCAGCUCCUCAAGGUUUCGGGCCAGCGCAAGAAGGCCCAGGUCGCCUACCCUGCCCUGUACGCCGACGCCGCCGAGGCCAAGGCCGACCCCGAGAAGUUCAAGUUCAACUGCAUCCAGCGCGCCCACGCCAACACCCUCGAGUACAUCCCCUACAUCAUGGGCAUGUUCGCCUACACUGGUGUCUUCCACCCCAAGCCCGCCACCGCCGUUGUCUGCGCCUGGGCGUUCGGCCGUGUCUUCUACACUCUCGGCUACGCCACUGGCAACCCUGCGGCCCGCAACGGUGGUCUCGGUGCCCUCGCCGGCCUCUCGUCGAUCGCCCUCUUCUUCGGCACCAUCUACACCGUCGCCACUCAGGUCAUUGCCCUCAACCUCUUCUAA